AUGUAUGGCCUACCUAAAGACCACAAAGCCACGGUACCGCUUCGGCCAGUUGUGUCAGCUGUUGAUAGCCCGGUGACCAAUAUUUCUAUUGUCCUGGAGCGUAUACUGAACCAAUGCCUGAAAUAUGUCCCAGCACAUCUUAAAAACACGCUGGAAGCACUGGAGGAUAUCCGGCAAGUGUAUCCCGACCUACAAGCCCCAGCGGGGACCAUCAUCGUUACAAUGGACGUGGUCGCUCUUUACCCAAGUAUCCCUAUCGCUGAGGGGGUGGAGGCGGUCGCUAGAGUCCUGCAGCAGCACAUCGAGUCUGUUGACACAUUUGGUUUAAGCGUGGAGCAGAUCGAAGAGCUGUUAACCUUCGUUCUAAGAUCCAAUUACUUCAGAUUUGGUGAGAAGGUCUACCACCAGAGGGAAGGCAUCGCCAUGGGUAACAACCUAGCGCCCCCGUUUGCGAUUAUCUUCAUGCAUGACCUCGAAACCUCGCUGUUGCUAAACUCGCCUGGUGCUCCCGUACUCUACAAGCGUUAUAUUGAUGACAUCAUUAUGCUGUGGACACUGGGGGCCGCGCUUCUCCGCCAGCUGAUUGCAUACUUCAAUACCGCCAAUGCGAGCAUCAAGUUCACGUAUCAAUCUUCGGAGGAAACUGGGUCGGUGGACUUUAUGGACACGACUAUUCAUGUCUCCUCCGAGGGCGCAAUAUCAUUCGAGCUGUUCCGCAAAGCUUGCCACAGUGGCCUCGUCUCAGACUUCAACUCGUGCGUUCCGCAACAGCAAAAACUCGCCAUCGCGUCUUCGGAAUUCCUCCGCGCGGCCCGCCUUUCCUCUGAUCCUGCAGCCCGCCAGCGAAGUGAGCAAAAGGUUAUUGACACAUUAAAAUUCAACAACUUUCCUGACAAAGUUAUCGCGACUGCUCAUGAACGAGCCAGACGACCUGCUAAACAAAAGAAAGACUAUCGAUCCACGUUGAAGUUACCAUUCAAAACGGAUGCCAUCCACUACAGGGUCCACCGUCUUCUAAACAAAUACAAUCUAAAUGUACAGAUAAUCUACAAGAAUGCAAGGCUUUCCAACAGCGUCACUAAGUCCAGCCUCACUGGACCUUGCUGCCGUAAGUGGGUGGAUCCCGCUGCCCCGAGGCGACGAGGAAGGCCUAAAGCCGCCUGCGUUGCAUGCCAAUCGAGCGAGGUAGAAUGCACAAGACGCAACGUGGUUUAUCGUCUGACCUGCAAGUGCUCGGAGAAGUAUGUUGGAGAGACUGGCCGUAGUGUAGCAACGCGAACAAAAGAACACAAUGAUAACUCACGCAACAAGACGUCUGGAAAAGCCCUGGGCGAGCACUACCGACUUCACCAUGGCGGCGAGGUACUGCCGCUUGGCGAGUCGGCAUUCACAGAGGUUCGCGUCCUUGCCACCGAGUCGGAUCGGGCCAGGAGGAGAAUACGCGAAGCAAUACAAAUUCGCGACACGAGUCCCAGCAUAAACAAUAACGCAGGAUGGGACCUCCUGUGA